CGGGGCGCCGGCGGGACGCUCGCGGGGAUCCCCCGCGGCGGGGGGCGGGGCGCGGGCCGGGGGUCCCGGGCGCGGCGAGACGGCGGCCCCGAGGGCGCGGCGCGGCACGAUGAGCGGCGGCGAGGUGGUCUGCUCGGGGUGGCUCCGCAAGUCCCCGCCCGAGAAGAAGUUGAAGCGUUAUGCCUGGAAGAGGCGAUGGUUCGUGCUCCGCAGCGGCCGGCUGACCGGGGACCCCGACGUGCUGGAGUACUACAAGAAUGAUCACGCCAAGAAGCCCAUCCGCAUCAUUGACCUGAACCUGUGCCAGCAAGUGGACGCGGGGCUGACCUUCAACAAGAAGGAGUUCGAGAACAGCUACAUCUUCGACAUCAACACCAUCGACCGCAUCUUCUACCUGGUGGCCGACAGCGAGGAGGAGAUGAACAAGUGGGUCCGCUGCAUCUGUGACAUCUGCGGGUUCAACCCCACAGAAGAAGAUCCCGUGAAGCCACCAGGCGGCUCCCUGCAGGCCCCGGCCGACUUGCCGCUAGCCGUCAGCACAGCCCCGCUGUCCCUGCAGGGGGAUGUUCCUGCGGCCGCCCCACCUCCCCCCUACCAGCUCAUCAGCUCCCCGCCACAGCUGGACGCGCUGGGCCUCCAGGAGGACCCUCAAGACUACCUCCUGCUCAUCAACUGCCAGAGCAAGAAGCCCGAACCUGCCAGGACGCACGUGGUCGUCGCAGACUCGGCCAAGGCCGCGGCUCCGGUGGACCCCGACGGGCCCGACAAGCUGGCGGCCCCGGGGAAGCACGCGGCGGCCGUCAACGGCUUCUUCCCGCCGCUGGUGUACGACUCCCCGCCCGCCCGCGCCGCGUCCGUGUCGGUGGGGGACGCGGGGCUGUACCACCUGCCGCGGAGCUUCUCGCACGACGUGCUGCCCCGCGCGUCGCCCUCGGCCGGCGACGCGGCCGCGCCCGAGGGCGACCUGUACGUCUUCCACACGCCGUCGGGCGCGCCCAGCGUGGACGCGCACCUGCGGCACCUGUCGCUCAGCUACGACGUCCCCCCCCGCCCCGGCAGCACCUACCAGAUCCCCCGGACUUUCCCCGACGGCGCCAAGCUCGACCCCAUCCCCGACGUGCCGCCCCCGCGGCCCCCCAAGCCCCACCCGGCCCACGACCGCUGCUCCCCGGCCGACGCGGCUGCCCGCUCGGGCCCCGCGGACCUGGAGCCUGGCUACUGCGUCCCGCCCUCCGGCCCGCUGCCCUCCAGGGGCGCCGCCACCUCCACGGGGGACCUCCACAAGCUGCGCAAAGAUGCCGGUCCUCAGGACUGCUACGAUAUUCCACGAACAUUUCCAAGUGAUAGAUCCAGCUCACUCGAAGGCUUCCAUAACCACUUUAAAAUCAAAAGUGUGUCGACAGUGGGAAGUGUGUCGAGUGAGGAGCUGGAUGAAAAUUACGUCCCCAUGAACCCCAACUCUCCGCCGAGACAACAUUCCAGCAGCUUUACGGAGCCCCUGCAGGAAGCAAAUUACGUGCCCAUGACUCCGGGGACAUUUGACUUUUCUUCAUUCGGGAUGCAAGUGCCUCCUCCCGCUCACAUGGGCUUCAGGUCCAGCCCCAAGACCCCUCCCAGAAGGCCCGUUCCCGUGGCAGACUGUGAACCACCCCCCGUGGAUCGGAACCUCAAGCCAGACAGAAAAGCCAAGCCAGCACCCUUAGAAAUAAAACCUUUUUCAGAGUGGGAGGAAUUACAAGCUCCAGUCCGAUCUCCCAUCACGAGGAGUUUUGCUCGAGACUCCUCCAGGUUCCCCCUGUCCCCCCGGCCGGACUCCGUGCACAGCACCACCUCCAGCAGCGACUCGCACGACAGCGAGGAGAACUACGUCCCCAUGAACCCGAACCUGUCCGGCGAGGACUCGAAUCUCUUCGGCAGCAAUGGCCUUGACGGAGGCAGCAGCCCGAUGAUCAAGCCCAAAGGAGACAAGCAAGUGGAGUACCUGGACCUUGACCUGGACUCGGGGAAGUCCACACCGCCACGAAAGCAAAAGAGCAGCGGCUCCGGCAGCAGCGUGGCCGAUGAGAGGGUGGAUUAUGUCGUGGUGGAUCAGCAGAAGACGCUGGCCCUGAAGAACACCCGGGAAGCCUGGACUGAUGGACGGCAGUCCACGGAAUCAGAAACGCCCACCAAAAGCGUGAAGUGAGAAGGACCCGGUUCCGUCUGAGCGUGAGCGAGCCCCGGGGUAGGAGACCACCUGGUGUGACGGCAGAUAGGUCCGAGGGGGGCCACCGCCAACUGCAGCCGACCCCCCGCGGGACCUGUCCGGCAUCCUCCAACAACUGAGACUAUCCAUGGUGCUUGGUGGUAUCUGAACAGUUCGUCGCGUGUAAAUAACGGGGGGGUGGGGGGGGGUGGGCCGCAUCGUGGUGCGCCCAGAGCAGCCUUUGUUCCAUAGCUAACACACUUUGUAGUAUUACUGUAUUCAUGCACUUUUUGUUUGUUUCCACUUAAAACUUCGGUGUAUUCCCAAGUGUCCCUUAACAGCAUUCCUGGGGGGAGUUCUCUCUCCUCACUCUACUCUCUGUAACAACACAAGGUAACUAAGCUACUUUCAGACCGAGAAUGUGUUCCUUAAACUACAGUCUAACAGCAUGGGGAAGGAGAAGGGCGGACGCCCUGGGCGGCAGGCCGGCCGUCAUCCUUAGCUGGACGGAAGGACUGCACCAGAGCCCCGGGGCUCGACCGUCUGUCUGUCCUGGUGUCAGGACCGCCUUCCCUGGUUCCCGUGCGUUUACUUUUACAUGGUAGAUCUUUGUUAGAGUUUUUAUAAGUGACAGUGUUUUUCAUUCAUCAAUGAGUCUGCCAGGUGGGAUUUUUUUUUCUUUUUUUGCAUUUUGAAAAAAAAAAAAACCAGAAUCAUCACACUUACCAGGUAGGACUCCAAAUCACUGGUGGCACGUGGCGAUGUGCUUUUGUAAUUAACAUGUUUUAAACUUUUGCAAAAUGUAGAUUAGAGAACUAAUCAGGUACGUUCCGGGCACGGGGCGGGGGGAGGGGGGGUGUGGACACACUGAGAGAGAAGGCGCUUGAGUUUGUUCCUAUUAGUCCUAACAUUGCUGUCCAGUUUGGAAUUAAUGCAGCAGUGGACACUCACUGUGUGUUAGAGCAUCAUACUGUGAUUUUUGAUGAGACAGUAACUCGGAUGUUUUUUUUUUCCUAAGAAUGAGAUUCUAUCUCGACACCAUAGAGUGCCCUCUCUGAUUUUUUUCAACUUGACUUGAUACUCUUCUUGGCCUUCUAUUUAAAUCCCUAUGCAAUUAAUAUUUUAUACCUGCAUUUAAAAGAAAAUAGUUGUUAUAUAAGUGAUUCUCGUGUAGCAUCUGUUGCUUUUCCAGUAAAAAAAAAAAAAAAAAAAAUUAAGGAUUUUGUACUGUGAUUUGGACACACUGCCCCAAUCUGAGAAUUCUCGGAGCCUUGCUAAUAAUGUGAAACCUCAGAGUCACAGAUUUCUUCCUACCAGAUUUCUGAAACCAUCAGAAGAAUCAUUUAACUGGGUCUGUCCUAUAACAUGACCCUAUGACACGGAUAUCAGGACCACAAAUUAUAUUUAGUGAGGCUACAGUUCUCUGCCUUGGCUUUGCAGCAUCAUUUAGAAAGCAGGUCUGAUUUUUUUUUUUUUAACUCGGUGAAAAACAAUCUCUUAUGUAUUGAUUUGAGACUUACAGGCUUUGGAAGGGAGGAAUGCCUGCAACGAGAAGUGGACCUUUCCUGUCAGAGCCAUAAGUGGUCUGAGUGGCUGAUGUGUCCGGACACAUGGCCCGUGGCCAUAAUUCUGUGCCUAAUCAAUGUCCAGGGUUUAUUUCCCCAAACCGUGAACAACAGCAAAAGAUAUUCCUAAUAAGACAAAUUGUAGAUUAGACCUAUUUGAUGCUUUCAGAUGUUUGGUUCUUUUUAAACAAAAACUAAAAUCUCAAAAUUGGAUAUCGAGGUGGAUUUUUAAAUAAAAAUAAAAAGACUGUUUCAAUUUGGUGUACUCAUGCUGUUUCAUCCUGAAACCACAAAGUGAAUCUAAAAUCAUUCAGAUGUGCCUAGACUGUCAAAACAGAUUUGAUGUGUAGAUACUAAAUUGUAUUACCUGGAGGACGAACCUAUUCUAGGAUUUAGAACACAGCAAUAAACACUAUUAAUUCAAAAAUAGAAAUCUUGCUUUAGAAGUUACUUGUCAGAAAGUCUCAGGCAGUUAUGAAUUAUCUAGUAUAAUUUCUCUUUCAACUUUUACAAAGUUAGUCACCGUUUUCAAAGAAUAUUACCUGUAGAAAUUUUCCCAUAAUUUAGAAAGCCAUUGAAUGUUGUGUUAACAAGUCAAAUUAAAAGACAGUUUCUUACAGAACUUUAUUUUCCAAAUACUUUUAGCACUGGAAUCUUUUAAAAUACAAUUUUGUGAGCCAGAACAACAGUACAGCAAAUCAGGUGUUUGCCUUACAUGCAUCUUACCUGGGUUCAAUCCCCAGCAUCCCAAAAGGUUCCCGAGCCCGCCAGGAGUAACCCUGUGCACAGCCAGAAGUCAGUAUGAGCACCACUGAAUGUGGUCCCAACACAUUGAGCCUAAAAGUCCAUUUUAUUAUUCUACGCAUAUUUUGACUUCACAUUUGUGCUAGUUUUUUUCUUUAUCCUGUGUUACUCAUAUGUGAUCAGGGAAAUUUCAAUUUACAACACUUGGAGGAAGUGCAAAUAAUAACAGGUCUAAAUGCACAUCUUAGGGGAUUCUGGAAUCUGAGAUAGACAAAGGACAUUUCCACGGUGUACACAAAAUCAGGUUAUCCUAGUAAAAAAAGGAUAUAAGCAGUUUCCAGUAGAGAUCUGUAACACAUUAGAAAGUGCAGUUUUUGAAGUUUGCGAAAUAAGCACUAAUGAAAACACAAUUUGAAUCAAUCUUUGUUAUACCCCAGUUCCCUGCAAGAAACUGGCCAGGUAUGAAUUGAAACUCAACAGGUUAGCCAGGUAACAGGGAAGAAAUUACAAAUCUCUUCUUCCCACAUUUGAUAUCACUUAUUCCAGGCAACUGUAACAUUGUAUCGAGAUUUAAAUAUCCAACAUCAUUUUACUUUCAAAAAUUCGAGGGUGAGUCAUUCAAGCUACUUAACCCACAGGUGUCAAUUAGUGAACUAUAAAAGAUGGUUUUUGUCUCCACCCUAGACAUUUUCUGCUUUAUUUUUAUCAGUAUAAGCUACUGUGGGCAUUUUCGAGAAUUCCAUGAAGGUACUAUGAGUGUAUGUGUCUGUUUAUAUAUAUACUGCGCUAUAUUUAAUCACAGACUACAUUUGAAAUACGAGAACCUGCUUCAUACUUUUAUGUUAAGGGCGGAAGUCAUUAUUUUGUCUGGACUCUUGUGUUUCCACCUGAAGGUCACCGCCUUUGUAUUCAGAAAUGCAUUUUAACUGGAAAUGGAACACUCAUGUUUGUCUUUUUUUGUUCUUCCUAUGAGUGGGAAGUUGCCAGCUUUCCUUUAGCAAAAGCAGUCAUUUUUAAAUAUUAAAAAAAAAUUGUCAUAGCCAUUAAUUGUAAUUCUUAGAUGAGCACUUGCAGUGCCUCUUUAUUUGUUCCAUUCAAAGCAUCGGCAUUAGUGUUUUGAAUGAACAGCAAGCCUGUAAGUGUUAGAAGCUAUGAGGUGUUGUUUCCUGGACUCACUUACAGGUUUGUCCCAUUUUCUCAAUUAUUCAAGCCCCUGUCAGGAACCGAGCAUUUGACCCAGUCAAGUGGGAAGAGACCUAUGUCAAAGCAGUAACAACUGCUGUCACUAACAUCUAUUUGUAAAUCUGUAUAUACUUUAAAAUCCAACUUGAACCUGACAGUCCUUAUGUCAUUGACUGUUGUUGACAUCAGGGACUUGGAAGCUUCUGGUUUUAGUUUUCCGUCCAGUUCAAUAAGGGUCUCUAUUCCUUCAGCUCGAAAUAACUUGCUCUUUGCUUCCAGAGACUUCUGUUUCCUUAGGUUCAAGAGAGUUUCAACAACUAUGCAAGUUCAGGGAUGAACAGAACUUCUGCUUCUUUUACAGAAAAAAAAAAUGGCUUUAGGACCCAGGCAAAACAUAACCAUUUCAUAUGGUUUCACCUUCCUCUCCGCCCCCCCAGCACUGCCAGGAGUAAUUUCUAGGUGCAGAUCCAGGAACAACCCCUGAGUGUCGCAGGGUGUACCCCAAACCCAAGACCAAAACAAAACAAAACAAACACCCGUGGCCUUUGAGUUCUUGUAACCUGAAUCCGUCGUUGAUAAUCAUCUCAAACUUCAGUAGGGAAGCCUUAUGUAUGUGUUUAUUUCUCUCCUCCUGCACUUCUUUUGUAAAGGUCCAGUUGUAGAUAUUGUCUGCUACCUAAUAAAACUUCUCAAACCA